CAUCGGUGUUUUUCCAUCCCUAGUGAAUAUUGAAAGUGAAAACUGUAGACGGAAUAAAUUUAAUUAGCUAAAAUUUUUUAAUACAACAUCUUUGGCAGCCACCAGGACUAAACAAACCAGAAACAUGUGCGGCGGUUUUACCUGCUCGAAAAACGCGCUUAUUGCGCUCAACAUUUUGUAUGUGAUGAUUGGAUUCCUGCUGAUUGGAGUGGGCGUGUACGCGCGUGCCGCCUCCAUCGUGACCAACCUGCCGAUUGUGGGCGGGAUCCUCGCCUGCGGCGUCAUCCUCAUCUGCAUUUCCAUGCUGGGUCUCGCAGGAGCCGUCAAGCACCACCAAGUGAUGCUCUUCUUCUACAUGAUCAUUCUGUUCAUGCUGUUCCUGAUCCAGUUCUCCAUUGCCAGUUCCUGUUUGGCCGUCAAUUCCGAGCAGCAGCAGCAGUUCGCCGAGCAAGGAUGGAUGACGGUGCCCACUGAUUUGCGGAAGCAGGUGCAGGAUAGCUUGAGAUGCUGCGGAUUUAAUGCCACUGGACCGAGCACAAGUUCCGUUGUGCCCCCGCCGGAGGAGCCGUCGUGCGAGCAGAUCAAUCUACAAUGCUGUGCCCACUCCACCCAGGCGGACUGUCGCUGCGAGCCCUGUGGCCCUCUGCUGGAGGACAAGAUCGACUACGCCUUCAAGUUGUGCGGCGGCCUGGGCAUCUUCUUCAGCUUCACUGAGGUCCUGGCCGUUUUCCUGGCGCGACGCUACCGCAAUCAACACGAUCCAUGCUAUUUGCCCGCCCGCGCCGUCUUUCCACACGAUUAUUUGUAUUGAACGGGCUGAAAACUACAAAAUGGAAGUGAAACAUUUUAGUCAAAGGGAUGAAGGCUGAAUUCUUAUUUUUACAAUCGCGUUUCCUAGCGAGAAUCGAAUCCAAGAACAAGAGAUUACUCUUCGGAGAGAAAGUAGAGGAGAAGUUUUAUAAAUGGGCUCAACACUGCUGCUAUAUACGAGUAAUUUUAUUUUUCUAAAUGCUUUGCACAAAGUUAAUUAAUUAUUAAACCUCCAUUGAGAUUAUGUUUAGCUGUAAUAUUGUUAGUUAAGUUCAACUGUUUUAAACUCCUUAGUUAGCUCUUAAUGCCUUUCUUUGCAACUCGCAACAAUCAUGAACGACUCGACGUGACUCCACUCAAAACUACUGUACCACUACGAGACAAACAUUUCAAAAACCUGAUCUUACUGUAGAACUAACAACCAAGUCAACAAUUGUAACUAGCAACGUAAUAAGUAUACAUCAACCUAUAUACAAACGUAAUUGCAUUAUUGCCCAGAAGGCGUAUAAACAAUACUCUAAAUGUUAGUUGUGUGUUAAACUUUAAACUAGCGAUAAAAAGCCCACAAAAUAACAAAAAAAAAGAGUAACCCUCUAAGCAUACAUGUCAACAAUUAUACAAGUCUAUAUAGAUAAACCCUACACAUAAGAAAACCGCUUCUUCUGAAUUUUCACUUCUUUUCCGCACUUGCUCGACUUUCUCUGCAGCUUUUUCUCCUUCUCGACUUUUACCCCGCAAACGCCACCAAGAACAAACACAUCACACCCGACACGCUUCUUCCUUUUUGCACACAACACACUCACAAGGAAAUAGUUUUCCCUGCAGUUUCCUUUCCAGUUUCUUUUCGAGCGACAAAUAAACCAUUAGAUAAUAUUCUCUGUAUUCUGUGCUGUGAUUGAAGUAAAUAUGAUCUAUAAAACGACAAAAGCAAAAACAAAAA